AUGUCUGCUGCUGUGUCUGCAACCAAGGAUGUUCCCUUCAAUGCUCAUUUGGAGGAAGACCUCAAAAACAAAGGAACCAACAACAAUGUUGUUGUUGGGGAAGCAGACCAGGUUCCAUACAAUGAGGAUGCUGAAGGAACUGAGUCAGAGGCAGAGGAAGACCCUAAGUUGGAAUUGGAUCUUGGCCCUCAGUUUUCGCUCAAGGAACAGAUUGAGAAAGACAAAGAUGAUGAAAGUUUGAGGAAAUGGAAGGAACAGCUUCUGGGAAGUAUUGAUGUCUCUGCUGUUGAAGAGAACAAAGAGCCAGAAGUGAAGAUAGUGAGCCUAACCAUAAUAUGCCCAGGGAGGCCUGACCUCUUUCUACCAAUUCCAUUUACAUCUGAUGCUAAAAAGAGCAUCUUCACUCUUAAGGAAGGAAGUCAAUACCGUUUGAAAUUCUCUUUCACUGUCUCGAACAACAUUGUUUCUGGCCUCAAAUACACCAACGUUGUUUGGAAAACUGGGGUUAGAGUGGACAACACCAAAAAAAUGUUGGGCACUUAUAGCCCAAGGCAGGAAUCAUAUACAUAUGAAUUGGAAGAAGAAACUACCCCUUCGGGAAUGUUCUCUAGAGGAACCUAUUCAGCAAGAACCAAGUUUGUAGAUGAUGAUCGCAAAUGCUACUUGGACACUAGUUACUACUUUGAGAUUCAGAAGAGUUGGCCUGCACCCAUAUUUAAGAUUCAAGAGUAA